CAAAAACGACCAACCGACCAACGACCGUGAGCAAACUGUGAGCAACAAUGGCAGAUCCCCGCAUCAGGCAAAUAAAAAUUAAGACUGGCGUUGUAAAACGCAUUGCUAAGGAAAAAGUCGUUUACGAAAAGGAGGCCGAGCAGCAAAGGAAUAGGGUACAAAGAAUAAAAGACGAGGGUCAAGACGAACAUAAUAUUCGGAAGCAGGAGGAAGUUCUUCAGGAGUCUCUUAUGAUGGUCCCUGACUGUCAGAGACGACUUAUGAAAGCUUAUGCAGACCUGAAAUCAAUCCUGGAAACAGAGCAGGACCUAAAAGAAAACGAAGAUUACCAAUUAGCCGAGCAGGUGCUCAAAGACGCUGAAAGUCAGCUGCCUGAAUCAACCUAAACUUAGCUUU